UUUCGGUUCUCUCCCAGUCCCGCUAGCGCAGCGGAUAAAGGCUCCGUCCGCCCGUCGCAGUUCGCGUCUGUCCCGGUCGCCCCCAUGGCUCACAGCGGGCAGCGGGCGCCUUAUUUCACGCCGUCUCUUCCAUUUACUGGGCCUAUUCAUGGCGGUCUUCAUGACGGAUUGAUGGUUAUCAUCAGUGGAACUGUUCUUCCUACAUGUGACAGCUUCAAGAUAGACUUUCAGUGUGGACCCUACCCAAGUCCUCACGCUGAUAUUGCUUUGCAUUUUAACCCACGAUUUGAAGAGCGUGGAUGUGUGGUUUGCAAUACUUUUGAAAGACAGAAUUGGGGAAGAGAAGAGAGGAAAGAUGCAAUGCCCUUUUUUAAAGGUCACCCCUUUGAGAUUCGGGUUUUGGUAAAACACGACUCAUUCCAGGUUGCUGUAAAUGGAAAUCCCUUUGUGGAGUACAAGCACCGGAUUCCACUUUCCAAAGUGAACUACCUUAGUGUGUCUGGGGGUGUGGAUGUGGCAAUCAUCAGCUUCCAAGAUACUGCUCCCCCAAGUGCUUGGUGUCCUAGAGCAGCUGGGAUCACCAAUGCAGUUUUCCUACCUAUGCAGUUCGCUCCUGGAUCAACAUAUAGUUCAAAUCCUGCUUUCGCACCUGGACCAUACCAGCCGCAAACUUAUCCUGUGCCAUACCACACUUUGAUUUUUGGAGGUUUUUAUCCAUCAAGAUCUCUCAUAAUAACAGGGACCAUUCCUCUUCAUGCUGACCGAUUCCAUGUCAAUCUGAAAUGGGGCGAACACAUUGCCUUCCAUCUAAACCCAAGAUUCUCUGAGAAGACCAUUGUCCGCAACAGUCAGCUGCACCAGUCCUGGGGACCAGAGGAACGUGGCUUGCCAGGUGGCAUGCCUCUCCUCCCUGGGCAGAGCUUCACAAUCUGGAUUUUAUGUGACACUCACUGCUUUAAGGUGGCUGUGAAUGGACAGCACCAGUUUGAAUACAACCAUCGAGUUCCUAACCUGCAGCAGGUAGACAGGCUUGAAAUAGAGGGUGAUGUUACGCUGACCUGUGUUCAGGUUUAAAGAUGAAAUCCUACGUGCAAUUUAUAUAACAGUCGGCUUCUGUGUACACCCCCUAAAAUUAGCAGCUUACUAGGGAAUUUGCUCCUGAAACUUAAUCAAGAAUCGAAUUCUUUUUUUUAUAACCGCUUCAACCUAACUAGCAAUCCUGCUGUUUCUGCAAUACCAACCCACGCUUUUUGCAUGAGCUUUUCAUAUGCUAGAACUUUACUUCUGUUCAGAUCAUAUUGUUCAUUUUAGAAGCCUUUUUACUAUGAUGAUACCUUAAUUAAUAAGCAAAUUAGAUACAAUUAACUUAGGUUUGAACAGAGACUGGGAAUAGUUGGGUCAUUAUACUAAUUGAAUCUAUUUCCCCAUGUUAAGUAUCCUCACACCUAUGGGUCAUCUCGA